AAGGCGUUACUGUUCAGCCCGAGAAAGAGCUGUAGAGAAGGGGAAACCCUGACUUUGAAUUUAGAAAGUAGUCACACUCUUCCACCGGCGACGGAUGGCUUAGCCGUAUUCUCUAAAUAAUCGGUAGACCAAUCGACGGCCCAUUCUUGCAGGUUGUGCUGUUCGGUUUGAUCAUGUCGGAUAACGAGGAAUACGAGAAUCGGGAAUUCGAUGUAAGUUUUUAUCCUUUAGGUUGACAUGUUUAGCUUUGAGUAUUGCCGAGUCAGACCCUAAUCGACUUUUUAACCGCAGUAUGCGGAUAAUACCGAUUUGCUGCCCGAUGAGCCGCUUCCUGAAGAAGGCGAAGAAAUGAUGGACGAUGAAGGAAAUAUCGUCGCGAUCGAUUACGAAUCCGCCCGUUACGGACAAGAUAUGGAAUCCAUCAACGAACCUUCGUCCAUGGCACGAGAUCCAGCACGAUUAGUGGAAAGAAAAGAAAAGGUCACAACACCUUACAUGACAAAGUAUGAAAGAGCAAGAAUCCUGGGUACACGUGCACUUCAGAUCAGCUUGAAUGCACCUGUGCUUGUGGAAUUGGACGGUGAAUCUGAUCCUUUGGUGAUUGCCAUGAAGGAAUUGCGAGAGAAGAAGGUUCCCUUGAUUGUCCGACGAUUCAUGCCUGACGGUACGUACGAGGACUGGAACGUAAAGGACCUGAUCAUGGAGUAGUAGUGGUUCUUGUACAAUUGUAAAAUCUUUUUUUUUUCCAUAUUCUGUUUAUAUCCUGAAUUUGUCUCUUUUUUAUUUUUCGUUACAAAAAAUGAAAGCGAGUGUUAAUCAUGUCCCAUCA